AUGUUCCAUCAUAAACCACCUGCAGCCUGCCAGCCUUCGAGCCUUCGAGCCAUCUCAGGUGACGAGUUGGGGUCCUGGGACCCCAGCAAUGCCGUGCCUUUGAGCCGCGUGGAGCAAGUGAAGGGAUGCUGGUGGACCGACCAGGGCGUUCGGAUUCCGCUAAAGGAGGAGUUCGAGUACCGCUACGCCGUCUUCCGCGCGCACAGUGAAGACUUCCUACGUUGGGCCAAGGAGCACGAAGAGCCCCGAUUUGCCAUAUCACAAGAGGGGACCUACUUCGCUCUGAAACGCUCUCGUUUCACCGGGGACGUCAACAUGGCGAGCCCCGAGCUGGCGCCAGCCGGUGCUGAGAAUCGAUCCGGAGGGGUCGAAGGUAAUGCAGACAGUGGGACGCCGGCUGCUCAGCAGGAAACACCUGGAGUGGCUGGGCUGUUUGAUUUUCAGGUUGAUACGCUGCCACCCAUCGCUGUGCCCGGAGCUGUUGCGGAAGCGGCGGCGUCGGCGGAAGAGGUACAGCGUGCGGAGAUUCACUUUGGAGAGGCACAACCAGAGCCAGUUCCUACGUCUCGGCGAACCUCCGAGCUGCCGGCGCUGCGCGUCCCGGGCCCGGGGCCCCCGGGGCCCCCGGGGCCCGGAAGAGCCGACGCCCAGGUGGCGCGCGCGGACGCGCGGCGCCGGAUUGCGGCGGCGCGGGAGGAGUUGGAACGACGGGUGGCGGAAGCCACCGAGGCGCGGCUGCGGCGCCAGGCGGACCAGGAGGAGACGGCGCGGAAACGCGCCGAGGAGGCGCAGCAGCGCGCCAAGAAGCGCUUGGUGCAGCGGGCGAAAGCCGAGAGCUCCCCCAGCAACGCCAGCGCCAGCGCUCCCGAGUCGCAGCGCUCCCCGCGCUCCGCGCGUUCGCCGUCGCCGUCGCGGCACCCGGUGACCGAGGCGUUGCCGGGGCUCAAACCGGCAAAGGCUCGUGUGCGAAAAAAAAUCUUGAAGCAGAGACAAGAGCAGGAACUGCGUUUGAAGGAGAUUGAGGAAGAUCGCGAACGCCUCGAACUGCGCAAAAAGGCGGAGCUCGAGGCGACGGAGGUACACCGCUUGGAGGCGGCCCGGCGCGCGGCGCACCGCUUCCGCCGGGAGCGCUGUGCGGAGCUCAAGGCCAAGGCGGAACACGAGGAGGAGAUACGACAAGCGCGCGAGCGGCAGAAGUUCUAUCGCAACCCUCGGGAAAUCGCCAAGAUCAUUGCAGAGGCCCAGGUACAGAGCCAGGUCCAGGAAAGGCGUCGCUCCGCGCAGCAGGAGGAGUCGUACCUGCGCCGCGAACGCGAACGCGCGCGCCGCGUCCUGGACGGCGAGGUCGACGGUGCCAUCGGCGCGGCGGAGGCCGCGCGACCCUUCGGGGGGCCGGCGUCCAAGACGCGCGGGGAGUAUCCGGAGGAUGGGGAUGAGAACCUGCUGGCAAAGACGGUGUACGCCUUGACGGACGAAGAUUGGAAGAUUUCGGGUCCGGAACCGCUUUUGCAACCUGCGGAUGGCGCAAAAACGGCGCAACAUGGGGGUCCUGGCUGGGUCCCGGGGUGCCGCUUGCUGACCCUGGAAGAUGAUGGUGGAAGAUGUCGUGUCACUGGAGACGAUGAGGUGAUGCAGUUGCGCGGAAACGCCGGCUUUGAGCGUAAGCUCUCGGGCCACGAAAACACUCCGCCGCAGAGCCCUUCCCCGUCGCCGCGCAUGGGCAUGCGGAGUAAGUCAAUGGAUCUUACAAGGCUCUGCGACAUCACGCGUGACGACAAAGCCUUCCUGGUCUUUCGAAAUCUUCCGGUCGUGGUCACGCGAUCCGAGAAGGGUGAUUGGCAGGUGGAAAAGAUCAGCCAUUCGGCUGGGACGGCCUUGCCCCUGCUGAAGCACUUCACGCAGACGGAUGCGCAGCUGCCGCAGGGCGAAGCCAUCGAUGUGCAGGUGAAGUUCAUUGGAAACCCAGGCGUUUGCGUGACCGAUGAGGCCGAAAGGAAGAAGCUCACCGAGAUUCUGGCGCAACACAGUUGCAUCCCUGUCUUCUUAGAUGAGGACCUUGUACAGAAACACAACUUCUUCUCAGAAGACUACUUAUGGCCCGUUUUUCACAAUAUGAAGAUUUUCGAUUCCACCAUCACGGGCGACGCUGAUGCCUGGCUGAAUUUUGUUGGUCGGCGGCAGACCAUCCUGGAAAUUCCUGACAUCCACUGUUACGAUAUGGAAUCCUUCGACAAAGCCCUGUGGAAGAGUUUUCAGGCCUUGAACAAUGCCUAUGCCGAAGUCAUCACCAACAACGGAGACGAGGAUACCUUGGUCUGGAUUCACGACUAUGAACUGGCGCCGGUGCUGCACGUGUUGAACAAACCAGCAGUGAUGGUGCCGCGCUUUGUGUAUCACCGAAACCCGGACUUCACCACGGGACUCUUCCUGCACUGCGCCUUUCCGAGCACCGAGGUCAUGAGUUGUUUGCCGGUGAGGGAAGAGAUCCUCCACGGCAUGCUGAGCAGCAGGCUGGUGACCUUUCAAACCUUUGACUACCUGAGGCACUUCAUGUCCUGCUGCGCUGAGCUGCUCGGAUGUCGCCAUAGCUUUCAGAAGGGCGGCAUCCUGCAGGUGGAGCAUGAAGGUCGCAGCGUGGUGGUUUUCGCAGAUCACUUCGCGAUCCCCUACAACCACCUCAUUCGCAAACUCUCCGACGAGAAGGUCAUUGAUCGGGCCGCAUCCAUUCGGAACGAGUUCAAGGGGAAAACUAUUAUAGGUUCCUAUGACCGUUUCGACUGUUUCAGUGGCCUACAGCUGAAGUUCGCGAUUUUCCACCGCUUUCUGUUGGAGUAUCGCUCCCACAGGCGCAAGGUGGUGCUGGUGCAGUACAUCCGGUCACGCUUCACGGAUUCGAAGCGCCGCGGCAUGGUUGCCCUUGAAGAGCUACAACGAAUGGCUGUCACUCUGCGCCAAGGGGUGACUACAGCUGUGGCAGAUGAAACCAACAAGCACUUCGCCGUCCCGGGGGAAGGACCUGUUGUGAAGAUUGUGGUCGAGGAGACGAGUCGUGAGAAACAACUGGGAGUUCUGUUGGCGACCGACAUCUUGCUGGAUACCUCCACCAAUGAUGGCCUCAAUCUGAUCCCCUUCAACUUUUAUGCAGCGCAUUCACAGGACCACCAGGGCGUGGCCUUGAUCAGCGAGUUCUGUGGCUGUUCCUCUGUUCUCACAGGUGCAUUCAAGAUCAACCCAUGGAACACUGGUGGAGUCUUGACGGCUCUUGACGAGGCCAUUAGUAUCACAAAGGAAGACCAGGCAGAACGUUUCUUGAAGGAUCAUUCCUACGUCUCUUCGCAGACCCUGGUGCAGUGGGUCCACAAGAACUUGUCGGAGUUGAAGGUGACGAAAAGCAGCAGUUUGAUCGCGGCCAGAACUUCCAUGGCAGGACCGCCACAUAUCCAGGAGGAAGAGGUCGUGUCUGCCUAUCGCAACGCCAAGAAGCGCGCCAUCUUCCUGGACAAUGAAGGCACCAUCGCAGCCAAAGCGGGGUGGCAGAUGCAGUCCGGCAACAUGAUGUCCUUGCAGAAGGAAGGAACUCCACCAGAUCCGCACGUCUUGGAUCUCUUGCAGACUCUGGUGAACGAUCGGGGCAACACUGUCGUCGUCUUGAGCGGCCGCACCAAGGAAGUCAUGCAGGAGUGGUUCAGCGGCGUGGAUGGCCUGGGUCUUUGCGCGGAGCACGGCUUUCACCGUUGGCCGCCGCGCACCUUAGCCUGCGACAUGCACGCAGCGUGGAGGUCUGAGGGCAUGUCGGAUGACAACCAGGAAUGGAAGAAUUUGGCGGUGGAACUGAUCCAGCAGUAUGUGAAACGCAUCCAGGGCUCCAUCAUCGAAGCCAAGGCCUGCGCUAUCACCUGGAACUACCGAGAGGUGGGUGCCGCCGGGGUCAUUGACGACGUGGCCUUGGAACUCAUGCGCUUCCUAGAUCCCGAGUCGCCCACGGGGCUGCUGCAUGGCUACCCCGUGAAGGUCUUUAUGGGCAAAGGCUAUGUCGAGGUGAAGCGGAAGGACAUCGACAAGGGCGCUGCCUGCGUAAAAACCUUGGAAGAGUUGGGUCCCGUCGACUUCGUCUUGUGUGUUGGUGACGAUCGAUCGGACGAGGACAUGUUUGAAGCAAUCAGCCACUACUUCCACAUCAAGGCCGACGCUAUGGCAUUAUCCAGUGCUUUGUCCCAAAGUUCUUCCAUGGGUUUCAAGAAGAGCGGAGCAGGGUCUCUGGCCUCCCUGGAUGCCUUUGGCGAAGUCUCGCCCGCCGAGUCGCAGUCGCCGACGGCCUCGCCCAAGGACCGUCCUCGCCCGCCGCCGCGGAGCGUGGCCUUCAAUGAGGAUUCCAUCGACUUGCCGCCCUCUGCCAGUUCACCGAUCAUGAGGAUGCAGGUCCAUGCAGCCGGACCUCACAUCUUCACCGCCACGGUCGGAAGGAAGCCCACCCAGGCCAAAGCCUUCUUCUCCGACGUGAACGAGCUAACGGUUCUUCUGAAGAAGAUUUGCACCGCCGUGAUUCGCGGCUCCUUCUCUCGCUACUCCUCCAUGCCCGCGAUCUCGCCCGACGAGGAACAUGACGAAGCAGGUGAGGACGAGCCAGGUGACGACUUCAAAUUGGGGCGUGCCAAGACCAACAGCAGUUUCUUGAACAAACCCGCCAACUGA